GUCCUAUGCCAGCUCCAUGUAUAGGCAGCUGUAAUUUUGAGUCUCUCAGAUUCGACCGACAAAAUGGAAUAUAAAUACCCAGAGACUGUAGAGAGACUACACGGAAUGUUUUUCAAAAUAUCCCGAAUUGCCCAUCACAAUUACAUACAAUUUUGCAAUUUGGGUGCAGAGGCAAAGCAUUUGAUAUUAGUAAGUUAUGGCUACUUCAGUUUAUCCUUCUUCCCGUCGGCUAAACAAAGAGGAUCACUACAGCUCCAAGGCGAUCAAAGUUUUCAAUAAUAAACUGUUUGUAACCUCUGUAUUUAUCGUCACUGUGAUUAUCUUCAUGGCUGCUGUCACAACUUUUGUACUCUGCUUCAAACGACGCUGCACUCGUCGACUGCCAUUGGAAAGCGAAGAUAACUCCCUCGCCCUUCCGCCUCUUCCCCAGAAAAAACCAGUCGCACAAAGUUUUCCUGUGUUUGUGUAUGAGCGUAAGAAUUAUAAUGAGCAGGGGCUGGAAUGCCCGAUUUGUUUGAGUGAGUUUGAAGAGAAAGAGAAGGGAAGAAUUCUGCCUGCGUGUAAUCAUAGCUUCCAUGUCGACUGCAUCGACAGGUGGUUUGAAUCGCAGUCGACAUGCCCGAUUUGUCGAGCCAAUGCCCAAGUCGAGACACCAACGGCCGUCGUUGUCAUGGUCGACACGUAAAGGAAAAGUUUCAGAAAGCGCGUUUGAGUAGGAAAUAUAAGCAAAUUUGUGUACGUCAAAGAGCCACAAUAGAAGCCGCGUGUGAGGAUAAUACAAUAGUGGAACUAAAUCUUUCUCAAGUAUAAAUAUCUUAGAUUUAUUAAAUCU